AAUGGCGGUAUGCUGAUUAGUUGGGUGCAUCGGCAUUCUCGGUGGGAGAAGUACGGAAGCGAGAUCAUUUCGCUAGUUCCCUGCAUUCCGGGGCGCACAGUUCUUUGGACUCGUUCAGCCGAGGUGGCAAGGCAACUCGUGGCGAACAAAAGCGACUUGGAUAAGAUACCUGAACAGGUGUCUACUCUUGGGUACAUAAAUAGUGCCACUGUUGGAAUGGGAGCUGAUACUUGUGGCGAGUCGGUGUUUUCAUCUUAUCGUGACCGCUGGCCGAGACAUACACGGAUAGUCUCACCUGGAUUCAACAAUAAGCUGUAUGAACAAGUCUGGAAUGAAAGCCUUCGCACUUACUACGAGAUGAUCCAAACUGAGAGUUGGCCCGUUGAGCCUGGGAUUUCCUGUACUUCCCCAGACGCAAUCGCCAUGACUUCCAAGAUUGCCCUUUACCUCAUCGCCUCUUGUGGGUUUGGGAUGACUCUUUCGUGGGAGGAGACCGUGGGUGAACGAAUCUGUGGCAUGACCUUACCGGAGUGCUUCCAUAUCGCUUCGGCUUCCAUGAUCCCGCAGCUCUUCUUCCCUAAGCGGAUGUUCCACUUGCCGAUCAGAGCCAAAAUUUAUGAAUCCAACCUCGUCAUCGAGUCCAUUCUCUUGCGCAUCAUCGAAAACCGUCGACGUCAAGGGCCGACAUUUGAACAGAAGGAGAGUCGUAAAGAUGUAUUCAGCCUGCUUCUCACAGCAAAUGAAGCUGAAGCGGAUAGCAAUAUGGCACUCACUGACACAGAGCUCGUCAGUAACAUAUUUUUGUUAAUGCUUGCUGGGCAUGAAACGACGAAACUCAUCAGCAAUGUCUUCCUCCUUCUGGUUGCCGGUCACGAAACUACCAGCCAUGCACUAGCGUCGUCUCUUGGGUUGUUGGCUUGCCAUCCGGACGUGCAGGAAAAAGCAUUUCAGGAGAUUGUGUCCAUUGUGCCAGACGGGCGAGAUCCAACUUAUAACGAGUCCGAAUCACUUCGAUAUGUUCAAGCAUGUUUUCUCGAGGGGAUCAGGAUAUUUCCGAGUGUCGCUGGCUUGCCUCGGUGUGCAACUGUCGACACAUCCCUGCAAGUGCCCGACGGUGCUGAUCGCAAGGAUAUAUUCAUAAAGAAAGGCCAGUACAUGGUUCUUGACCUAUUCGCCAUCAGCUAUAACUCCGCCUACUACCCAAAUCCGGACCAGUAUAUCCCCGAACGCUGGCUGGAUCCCAACACAGAGCCAGGCAUAAACUUCAGCACCGGCCCUCGGGUAUGUGUCGGUAAGAAGUUCGCCCUGACCGAGGGGACCGCAAUUCUCGCGAUGAUCAUUCGAGAUUGGAAGAUCGAGCCGAUGUUGAAGGAUGGAGAGAGUCUGCAGGAAUGGAGAUUGCGCUGCUUAGAUAACUCCGUUGCUAACUCGCUUGGGUUCGGGCCCACUUCGUUUCCGUUGCGCUUUAGGAGGCGGAUUUGACGUGAAUGGUGAUGGUACGCGUCGUCGAGUAAGUAUAUGCCGGGAGAGCAGAACAUAAAUGCUGAAUUCAAUGUGCGACCGAUAGAUUGAGACCUAGCCGAAAGUCCACAGUAUCGUCACAUGGUUGGCGAUUGUUGCCCAAAGUGUACGAGUGCCCUUCUCCUCGCGUCCACUGUGCACAAUCACCGUGUCGAGAGUCGGCAAUCCUCUCUUCUGCCAGGUUUGAACGAAAUCCGGGAGAUCUUGCUUAUCGCAGUCCGCACUGAGGGAAAGUUCGAAAGUCCUCAGUCGGCCGAGGAAUAUGCGGCCUGUGGCUGCCUGGUGUUCUAUCCCGCGUAUCAACCUUCUCAAUAUCCCACGCCCUGCGAUCGUAGAUAGUGCGAGUCCAUUAACAUUCGGGAUCGCCUCGAGGGCUUCGUAUAUCCCGUGCCAUUCCCAGUGGCACUUGUCAAAGCGCAUCUCCCGGAGUGAUGGGAUACACGGUACGUUCGGGAGUGGACUGUCGAUCCCAUACGCGCCGUAUAGGUGUAGGGAAGCAAGGCUGGGAAGGGAGAACGACGAGAGGAGCGCGCGGAUGUCUCCUCCUUUCAUAUGGGCAAGCUUGAUGGACUUGAGAUCCGGCAGGCAGGUGA